AUGGCGACCUUGGUUUUCGGGGUUAAACUCCUCGUCGUGCUCUUUCUGUCAGGAGUCUGUCUUCGAUCAUCUUCUGCGUUUCCACCAGCACAAUACACACAACAUGCUUUGUCUGAAAGACCUCAGCUCGCACAGCUCGAGAGCUCCAAACACGCUGCACCUGAGCAACAGAAGGCCCCAGCUGAGGAACGGGAGCAGGUGAAUACUGUCGGGGUGACCUGUCACCCAGACUCCAUGGAGAUUGUGAUAAAAGCUGACAUGUUUGGAGUUGGUGCUCCUGUUAACAGCUAUGAGUUACGCCUUGGAGUGGAGCACAAUGAUUUCUGUAGGGCUACAGCGUCUUCAGGAGACGAGUAUAGAAUCAUUGUUGGACUCAUGGACUGCGGCACCAAACACUGGAUGACUGAGGACUCUCUGGUCUACACGAAUCUCCUCAUAUACUCUCCUGUGGCCUCUACUGAUGGGCUGAUUCGAAUGGAUGAGGCUGUAGUUCCAAUUGAGUGUUAUUAUGAAAGGAGGUACAGUUUGUCCAGUUCUUCACUCACACCUACCUGGAUCCCCUUCAUGUCUACUCAAGCUGCAGUGGAAACCUUGGAGUUCGACCUGAAAAUUAUGACAAAUGACUGGCAAUAUGAAAGAAGCUCUAACGUGUUUUACCUCGGUGAGCCCAUCAGCAUCGAGGCCUCUGUCAGAGUUGGACAUCACAUGGGCCUCCGGGUGUUUGUGAGCAGCUGUGUGGCUACACUUAGCCCAGACAUAUACUCUGUUCCCAGAUAUGUCUUUGUUGAAAAUGGAUGCUUGGUUGACUCCCAACUUCUUGGUUCAAAGUCCUACUUCUUAUCCAGAACACAAGAUGACAAGCUCCGCUUGGUCAUCGAUGCCUUUAGGUUUCAUAAUGAGGACAGAGGAGAGCUCUACAUCACAUGUCACCUGACUGCUGUACCAGUUAAUGAUGCAGAGGCACCAAAUAAGGCCUGCACUCUUGUAAAUGGAAGAUGGCGGUCAGCUGACGGCAAUGACUACCUAUGUGGAUAUUGUCAAAGCCAAAAUGAAGUUGUGCCAACCCACAGUAAGCCCAGCAGUAGCCCUGGCAAGUUUGGCCCUCGUGGGUUUGGGAAGCCAGAACAACCUGAAGCCUUAUGGAGAAGUGGACUGAAGACCAAUACAGUGUGGGAGCAGGAGGCAAGUGUGGGUCCAAUGCUGGUCUUGCCAGCUAAACAGAAGAGUGGGCCUCUACCUGUGGAAGAGCUCCCUCCUGUUCUCAAUAAAAUCAGCAGACCUUCCCUCUACGGCAGCCAGUGGAGAAGUGGAAUGAACAAUAGAGUUGACAGAGAUGAAGAAAAAGUUGCUGCACCGCUAGAAAAGGUGGCUCCUGAUGUCACAUUGAAAUCAAAGUCUGCAGCACUGGACAAAAACACCACAGCAGCCCCCAGUGACAUCAGCCCUGCCACUCAGGUUAAGCUGGAUGUGACUUUACUGUCAAAUGCAACUGCUACAGAAUCUGACCUUUCAGAAACAAAUGACCCAAAGAGAUAA